GGCUUUUUUUUUUAGUUUCUUGAUUUGGUGGCUCCAGAUGGCAGCAGCAAUGGUCUCCACGGCACCGAAGAAAGAGAUCUCCAUGGAGAAGAAAGUGGUGCUGAUCACAGGCUGCUCCUCUGGGAUUGGACUCAGCCUGGCCGUCCGGUUGGCCUCCGAUCCGGCCAAAACCUUCAAAGUCUAUGCAACAAUGAGGAACCUGGCGAAGAAGGAGCGUCUCUUAGAGUUCGUGAAAGAGCUGCACAGGGAUACUUUGGAAAUACUCCAAAUGGACGUAACAGAUCAACAGUCCAUCCUGGACGCAAAAGAAAAGGUGGUGGAGAAAAGAGUGGACAUUCUGGUGUGUAACGCAGGUUUGGGUUUGAUGGGGCCGCUGGAGGUUCAGUCUCUGGACUCAAUGAGGCAAAUUCUUGAGGUCAACCUCCUGGGCACCAUCCAGACCAUUCAGGCCUUCCUGGCUGGAAUGAAAGCCCAAGGGCAAGGUCAUAUUUUGGUCACUGGAAGCACCGGAGGUCUCCAUGGUCUUCCUUUCAAUGAACUGUACUGUGCGAGCAAAUUUGCAAUCGAGGGAGCAUGUGAGAGUUUGGCGAUCCUCCUUCAACACUUUAACAUCAAUAUGAGUCUCAUUGAGUGUGGUCCAGUCAACACAGACUUCCUGGUUAACCUGCAGAAGGCGGAGCUUGAGGACUUGUCUGUCCAACAGGUUGAUGCCAAAACAUUCAGCCUGUAUGAGAAAUACCUGCAGCACUGCAACUCUGUUUUCCAAAACGCAGCACAGGACACAGAAGACAUUGUGAAGAUAUUUCUAACAGCCAUCCAGUCGCCCAGCCCCGCGUUCAGAUACUUCACCAACAGCGUGGUGGAGCCUCCUCUUACCAAACUGAAGGCCGCACAACCAGACGGAAUACAAUACAUCAAGGCUAUGAGCAAAAUCGUUUUCUCCGGCGAGGAGAAAUAGUUCAGAAAAGGCUUUUUUCAACUACAACUCCACAUGUUUUAUGUACAUCUGCUUUCAGCUUCCUAUCUGAGCUUUAGAAAAGUCUCCAUGUUCUGUUUCUGUGUCACAGCUGGAGAAAAUCUGGUUAUAUCAUAUAAAUGAUGACACAGGCUUAAAGCACCUGUUUGAUUAAUGUUCUUGUCAAAAUUUGCAUCCCUUUACCUUGAUGUUAUGCCUCAUGAUGGAUUUUCAUUGCAUUUCUAAAGCGGAAACAUUCUAGAAAUAAACGUAUUUCCUUCAGUAGA